CAACACCCCAAUAAACUCCAGUUCGGCCGAUCCAGCCCUACGUAUUAAAUACCGCCCGCCUGCAGAACGCCACAGAACUCCCACUCCCUGUCUGCUAGAAUCUUCUACCACUAUCCCCCACUCACAGCCCCGCAACACAGCUCUUCAACAGCCAAACAGACACGAAGACAGCCACCACGACUGCUCAUAGUACGAUACUACCUUCAAAAUCGUAGCAUUGUCACGCCUGUCAUCAUGAAAGAGCUCUACAUCCACCCCCCGCUCCUCAAUUCCGCCAAUCCUUGGUGCACAAGCCUCGAGCAGCUGCAAGAGCUGUACGCUUCGCCUUAUACCGGGGCGGUAACGACACGAACUUCGCUACUCCACGGCUUCCCGCACGACCAAUCCGUUCACCAAUUCACCUUCUACAACCCGAGCACCCACCAAGCGGCCGGCGCAAACCCUCUACAAUCGAACAAAGCGCACGAGACCGGCAGUUUGAACACGCUGGGAUAUAGUCCGCUACCACUGAAAGAGUACUUGGGCUUCAUCAAGACAAUAUCAGAUAGCCUCCCUGAGGCAGGACAAGAGAAUGCGAAGAAGGCGAUUCUGAAGCCCUUCAUCAUUUCGGUGACGGGCACAGUUGAGGAGGUUGUUGAAUGCUAUAGGAUGAUAUGCGGAUAUCAACACGUUACGCGGAUGACGUUGGCCAUGGAGGUCAAUCUCUCGUGCCCAAAUAUCCCGAACAAGCCACCGCCAGCGUACAAUUCUGCAUCCUUGCUAUCGUAUCUUACCGCGCUAAAGGAGGAGGUCGCGCGGCAACUGGAACCGGUCUCUCCGUCCUCGGCCAAUGGCUCGAAAGUACACGUACCAAUCGGGAUCAAGACGCCACCAUAUACGUAUCAUGAUCAGUAUCAGCAGAUGAUCGACGCGCUGCUCGCCUCCGCCACAAUUGCGCCGGCGCAUCUUCCCUGUCCAGUCUCCUUCAUCACAGCAACAAACACCCUAGGCUCGUCUCUGCUCCUAUCGCAGAAGCUGGAGUCCUCGGCAUCACCACCAACUUCGCCAGGAGGGUCGAAACCGCGAGAGGUCUUCCACCAUACGCUAAACUCCGCCACCGGAACUGGAAUUGGCGGCCUGGCAGGCGCUCCUUUGCAUCCACUUGCCUUGGGCAACGUGUACACGAUCAAGGGUAUGCUCUUCCAGCACUCGGAACUGGAGCAGAUUCAGAUCAUUGGCGUUGGAGGCGUUGAAGACGUAGACGGGUAUCAGCGGAUGCGCGCGGUCGGCGCAGCAGCUGUAGGCGUUGGAACGGCGCUGGGCAGGAAGGGCGUAAAGGUAUUCCAGGAGAUCUGGGAAACGCCGCAGAAGGGUCGUCCGUUUUGAUGGAUGACUACGCGGCUAAACGGGGAAUUCAAGGGUCUACUGGAGGAGUACGAUGGCGCGCACACAUGUGGGUGCAUGGCAAGGCGCGAAUGUACGGUAAAUACCCAAUCGAUCUCUUAAAAAGCUAGAAUAUGAUUUCAUCGAUCUCUCAUCGUA